AUGUCGGAUAAUAAUUUUUCGUUCGAUGAUGGUUCGGUUGUUGAUGAUUGCCUGUUUUUUGAUGGCAGCUUGUCGGCUGACGACUCUCUGUCGAUGACCUCGACCGUUCGGCGAUUCCACCGCGAAGAUCCUGCGACGCCAAACUAUCAAGCUAGGAUUGAAAUUUUUGAAGAAUUUGAAUUGAUUGGAGUAUGCAAGCUUUUUCGUAGCUUCAAAUGCACUCGGCACCAGGACCACUACGUGAAUCACGUUUUCAUCCUGCAGCAAAUUGCCAACGAGAAAAGAGUGUGCCGUUUUUUCUGCAAGGCCUGCUACGACACCCCGGCUCAAGAUUUCCGACGUUUCCCAGUGAAAAUGGCCCGUUUGAUGCACAAACUCUAUCCGUUCGAUACCCGUUACAAGUCAGACUUGUUCCAGGAAAUUUGGAAGGAUUGUACGAUGAACUCGCGAUUCAAGAUGCCGCUUUUUCGCUGGGAACAACACAAAUUUGAUGCUGAAGGUGCUUCUGAAGCUGAAGUAGCCCCAUUUCAUCGCAACAUUGCCGCCUACACACAGAUCGAAAAGAUUUAUAAAUUUAUCGAGUGUUAUUCAUUUGUCGCCGCUGUGCCAACACCAAACUCUGAUAUGAAAAUGAAAUGCGACUCUCAUUCUGAAGAAGUCGAGGCUGUUAUAGUGUUGAAGGAGAAUGUCGUGAACGGAAUUGGGGAAAGAGAUCGAAUGGUUGCCUAUCCAUUCUGUUUUCUUUGUUUGCACACUAAAGCCUAUUCCGUUGACUGGCCGGAUAGCUUCUGUGAAGUGAUCGCAAAACACUUUCCUUUCAAGAACGGCGUGCCGCAGGAGUUUUUCAAUUUGUUCGACUCGUAUACUGAUGAGCUCGAGAGAAAAGGGAUGGUAUAUCCUGAUUCUGACGAAACCAUCAACACCGGCGAAGAUAAUUUUGAUGUCGAUCCACCAGGUUUCGAUGAUCCCAACGCAUUUUGUGACUUGACCUUUUUGCGCAAAUUCAAGCCAUAA